GCCCCUUGUCUCUCUUUGUUCCUUCGCUCGCCGGCGGGCGCCCCAUGCCUGAUUGGGAAGCGCGCGCCGGGACCGGAGCAAAAUCUCAGGGAGGACGAGAAAGUUUGUGCUGCGUUCGUGCGUGCGUGAGAGUUCAUCCGUGUCGGGUCUCGGGACAGUGCGAGUGGGAGUUGGUCGCGAGGCCCGAGGCGCGACAGGAUCCCCUCGGCGGCUGCUCGGACGUGCGUGCCACGCCGUACGGACUAGUAUAAUGCUUUUGUCACCCAUAGCUGUCUUGAUCUUUCCAAGAUCUUCUCUUCUCUUGUGAUGAAAGGAGGCUUUGGCAAGAGAAGGGGAGCAAGCACCGUGAGCCCAUGCUGUAAUAAUCCAUCUUAAUCAAGCUUGAUGCUCGUCAUGCAUGUGCUUUUCCAAGAGAUGCAGGGCCUCGAGCGGAUUCAGCCGGUCUCGCGCUGCUGCAAAGAUGUCACCGAGUUCGUCAGCACGAAGGCCGAUCCGAUGAUACCAGUAAGCAAAAGGAAACAUGGAUCUUGCAGCGUCUAUCGUUGGAUCAGAUCAAAACUGCGCACAUGCUUCUCAUGCCUCUGCUGCUGUUGCCACUGCUUGGCGAAGCCCAAUGCGCCAGGCUGCUUCGGCUGCUCUUGCUGCGCCUGCCGCGACACGGGGGGCUGCUGCGCGCCGAGCUGCAGCUGUCCGAAGGCCCCUUCGUGCUGCGGCAGCCCCGGCUGCCGCGCCUGCGGGCCUCCCAGCUGCAGCUGCAGCCCGGGCUGCGGCGGCCACUGCCGACCGCCGUGCAGCGGCUGCUGCUCCGGCGACUGCACCUCCGCGGGCGGCCCGCCGUGCUCCUGCCCUCGGCGCUGCGGCUGCCUCGGCGCACUCGGCCGGUGCCUGUCCUCGUGCUGCAGCGGCCUGCGGCGUCCCUGCUGCAAGUGCCAGUCGGCGUGCUGCGAGGGGGAGCCGUCCUGCCGGGGGACGGAAGCCUGCUGCCGCGGCGGCCCGGCGGCGGCGCCGUCGUGCCUGGAGUGCUCCUGCGGCUGCGUGUGCUCCUGCCCCCGGUGCAGGGGAGGGUGCCGGUGCCCGCCGUGCGGUAACAACCCCUGCUGCGCCGGUGGAUGCUUGUGCUAGGUACUAGACUAGAUUGUUACUGCAGUAGUAGAUACUAGCUAGUGUGGUUGUUGCUCUUCUUUUUGUUUUGUGCUGAAUUAUAUAUGGCAUGUCAUGUGGGUGAAACUUUGCUCGUGUGUGUAUUCAGUGUAGAGAAUCAGCCUGGGAGGCAAAUGUUCAUCAGAUGAAAAUUACGGCGUGAA